AUGUCAGGUUACGUGGAUGUUUAUCAGCUUGAUUGUCAGAAUCGUAUAUCUGGUUUAUAUACCAGUUGUGCACCGUCUCCACGUACUGUUGCUCGUUCAUCGAAACGAAUAGGUCGAAGUUCCAACUAUAGACCAUUCGACAAUGAUUCUAACAAUGGAGGUGGUGAUGAUGGGUCUUCUGAUACUGGAUUGUUUUAUAAACCACGUAGAAGUCAACCAAUUGUACAUCCGCCUAGCGAAGUCCCAUUUUGUGAAAAUUGUCGUGCCCUUGAUGAAGAAAUGUCUAGAGAGUAUAAUUCACAGACAGGCUCACCAGUGCAUAAUAUCACUGAUGAUUUAUUAACUCAUGAUGAUGAAGAAGAAUCAAGAUCUUGGGUUAUGAAAAUGCCACCUGGUCCAUGGUGGUGUGAAGAUUGUCAAGAGUCAGUGACAUCAACUAAUUUGACUAUAUCACAGUUAUUUGCCAUUUUAAGACAAUGGACGCCGUAUGCACAAUUACAGUUGAUUACUAUUGUUGAAGAGAUAUUUAGACGUGGUGCACAUGUUGAUGAUCGUGAUGGUUUAACUGAUAUGACCUUAUUGCAUUUUGCUGCAAAAUCUGGUGCUUUAGGAGAUGAACAAUCGGCUUGUCGCAUUGCUAAUUACCUGUUAGAUGAAGGUGCUAAUCUAGAGGCUAGAUGUAAACUGACCGAUAUGACGCCACUGCAUUAUGCAGCCUACUUUGAUUGUCCCUUGAUAGCUGAUUUGCUUAUUCUUCGUGGAGCGUGUAUUAAUGCUAGAUCUUUUCUAAUCGAUAAUGCUACUCCAUUACAUUUAGCUGCUAGUCAAUUAUCUCUAGGCACUGCUAGGAUAUUAAUACAAGCAGCUGAUUUUUCUGUAACAAAAACUGGUCAAAGAUAUGAUGCUAAAGAUGCAAAAGAUGGUCUUGGACGUACACCAUACGAGUGUUUACCUCCUUCUGGUCAACUUCCAGAGCCUUUAUGUACACUACGUGAUUUAUUAUCUGAAUUACUUCGUCCAACUACACCCCAUCAAUCUGAGAGCAUAGAUAUUGAAAAGACUAUACUUAAAGCUACAUCAAGUGAUCCGUCGGAUUAUCGAAGUGAUAAAACCACUAACAGUAUAGAUCAUCCUGUAGGUGAAGUCAAAUACACUGAUGGUUAUGCUACCAGUCGUCCAACUGAAUUACGACAACAUCAACAACAAGCGCAAUCUGCAUGUAACGGAGUUGAUUGGUUAGUUGCUGAAUCUGGUUACCUGUCGCCUCGUACUACAAAAGUUCAAUCAGUUCUACAAACACCAGACAAUAUUAAGACUAAACGACCUACAACACUUCAAUCAAGCAGUAAUAAUGCGCGCCCAUCAAGUGCUAGCAGUAAAUGUUCAAUAUCUGCUAAAGUGACUCUACAAUCAUUAGGUUUAUCAUUAGGCGAUCGUGUUUGUAUUGCACCAGGUAAUUCAACUCCAACGUCAUCAUCAGCUUCAGCGUCUGUAUCGAGUAAGGCUCAUCCAACAACACCUACAGGUAUAUCAGGUCGAAUAGGUAAACUACGCUUUUGUGGAUCAGUUUCAUUUGCUUCUGGUGUAUGGGUUGGUGUAGAAUUGGAUGAACCAGUGGGUAGAAACAAUGGAAGUGUAGCAGGUGUUAAAUAUUUCACAUGUCCAAAUCAACAUGGUAUAUUUGCUCCAAUCGGUCGGGUAUAUAAAACUGUCAAUGUAAAUGGUAAAACAAAUUGGCAUCCUAUCGCUACUUCUAUUGCUACUACAACUACUGCUUCGAGUAGUAGUUCUACAACUCAUAGUGGUGUUGUCAAGCGUUCUAGUGUAUCGAGUACACCGAACACUCUAAGGAAAUUAAAUAACUUAAACGAAGAGGCUGAUGAAGAGGAGGCAGCCAGUACACCAGUAAAGCGUUUACCCUCAUCAAGAUCAAGUUAUUCAAUUAGUUCAACUACAGCAUCCCUACAUCAUCAGUGUCCGUCAACUGCUAGUGAGCAUCAACAUCAGCGUACGCCUACACCGACUGGAAUGCAAUCACCUAUAAAUUUAUCACAUGUUACUGCGAAAAUUGAUACUGGAUUACGAAUUCGUUCACCGGAUAUCAGUCAACGUAGUCAACAACAGCUUCUACAGCUUGGUGAUCGUGUCUUAGUUGCUGGCCAACGUAGAGGUAUCCUACGAUUUAUUGGUGAAACACAAUUUGCUCCUGGUGUAUGGUAUGGUGUUGAAUUAGAACAACCAGUUGGUAAAAAUAAUGGAUCGAUAAAUGGUGUACGCUAUUUCGAUUGUGCUGUUGGUCAUGGAAUAUUUGCACCGGUCAAUCGAAUACAAAAGCUACCCUCACGAUCAAAUACACCAAAUCCACACUGUGCCACCAUGGCUAAUAGACGUGAUACUUUAAUGUCAACCUCUUAUCAUUCUGAGAUGGCUGAUGGUGGUUAUUCAGCGUCUAGAUCAUUUUCACGUACACCUUGGUCGAGUACAACAUCACCAAUGAUUGGUCGUGCUGUAAUUGGUCGACCACCUUUACCAACAGAAUUGAUGAAUGCUUUAAAAGCGGUUGGUCGUAUGCCUACAACAGAAUCAACUGCUGAUGAACCAGUUUUCUAUUUAGCUGAAGGAAUGCAAGUCUUGUGUGCUGGAGAAAUAGGUAUUGUUCGUUACAUUGGUCCUAUAACUUUUGCUGACGGAAUUUGGCUUGGUAUUGAACUGCGUAAACCACGUGGACGUCAUGAUGGUUGUGUAGCUGGAAAGCGUUAUUUCACCUGUCGUCCUGGACAUGGUCUACUCGUCAGACCAGCUCGUGUAUUUUGUCAUGGAAUAAAUGCCGUGAAUCUACUCCCACCGGCUUUAGCUGAAUUAGAACGUCAGUUAGCGGCUAAACGUCAAGAGGCGAACAGUAACAGGAGUAAUAAAGUAUCAUCGACAACUUCAAUUAGCUCUGGUGAUGAACAAUCACAACAACAAAAGUAGUAAUGACAACAUGGAAUGCGCCAAUCUUAUGUUAUUCUAGGAGAUCUUUACUACACAAUUAAUAAUCUUUCCUUGUUAAUAAUUUUUCUAUGCUUUUUGCAUAAUUUUUAUUUUUUGUUCCUCUUGCUCUACUGCCUUCAAUGAACUACUUCAGGUAUGAUGAAAAAACAAACAAACAGACAAAAACUGAUAAUUCCAUAGAAAUCUGAUCUUUCAUUCCUUACUUCGCUUUGUUUUAACCCCCUAGUGUGUCUACUACCACUCUCUUAACCACAUCGCAUUUAUCUCCUUGCCUUUAACCAUUCAAUUAUGACAUGCCAUUAGUCCUUCAGUCAAUGAGCGCAUAUUUUAAGCAUUUUUCGAUUGCAUUUCUCGUCAUUUAUAUUGUGGUUGAUGAUCAUCAGAUGUCUCUCCCUCUUAAGUUUCGAGUAAUAUAUUUCUCUCUUGUUGCUUUCAUUGUUUUGUCGGUGUUUUCUGACAUUUUUCUCUUUGCAAAUUUGUGUUAUUUAUUUCCAAGUGUCAUGACGAUGAAUGAUUCCUGACUGGUCUCCUGUGGAGGACAGGAGAGUGUUUCUCUAAUUGUGACGCAUUCCUCUCAGUGGGUUCGGUGACUGCAAUGCGAUUAUCUUGCUUUUUUUAUAUAAUGAAUCAAACUACUUAUUGUCCUUAUAAGUAAGUAGUGUGGUUUCUACGUCACUUUUAAUCUCUGUGAUGUAAAACUGAAAAAUGUUGAGUUCAUUUCGAUUUUUUGCGAUAAUUUCAUUCUUUAUGCUCUCUCUUUCUCUCUUUCUGUGUGUUUAUGAUCGUGGUUAGUUGUAAUUUUUAAUGACUCAGUGGUUUUUUGUCGGUUUUUCUUAUCAGAGGGUGAAAUGUUUAUCAUGACCUAACUACUACUCUUUGUCAUUCAGUGUAUGCUUUAGCUACAAAAUUUCUCAUAGAAGAAAGAAAUAUAAUAACAUUUGAAUACUUGGAAUUUGAGAAACAGAUUGUUUUGAUGCUUUCCUCUUGUUGAAGUUUGCACGCAGUACCUUUUUCUAUAUAUAUAGGUGUGUCGGAUUGUCGAGUCUUACUUCGUUUAUUACUAGUAGGGUUGUUUUCAUCCUGAAGUCGUUGUAAGUUGAGUAUCUGACUGGUGCUGAGUAGUGGCUCAUCAGUUCAUCGACUGAUAGCUACUACUAUUUUUUGGUCAUCGGGGUUUGCAUAUCACUACGUCUCAACGAGGUUCAUUAUAAUUAAAGGUUUUCUUGUAUUUCCCAAUGAAUAAAAAACCAAACGAUAUUGUUAUUACUAUCGUUUCGCUACUUUUUGCUGAUAGCUGUAUCAAAGUAUUAUUAAACCAGAAUUUACAAAAUGUCAGCAUACAUAUAUA